CCCUGCAGCCAAGCAAGAAGCUGCUGAACAGCCAAGUCUAAGGGGGUGUGGCUGAGAAAUGAGAAAGAACGCCCUGCCCGAGCCAUCGACUUAUAUUUAAUGUUUAAGCUGGAUCUUUUAAGGACUUGAUAGAAGCAGAACGUUCUCAAAACCGGCAAAGGGAAAGAAAAAAGAACCAAGGCAAGGUUGGGACUUGGACGGCGUAAUGAUGGGUGCCUACCUUCAACUCAAGAUGAGCCCAUCUGUCCUUCUGGUGGCCUUGACGCUUUUCAUGAAAGGUGCCUUGGCUCUGGAAUGCCACAGCUGUGUGGACUUGGGAGAUGGUGGUUGCAGUCAGCAGCAGAUGAAAAAGCUGACCUGCCCAAGCAAUGUCCAUGUUUGCGUGGAAACCGUGGCUGCUGUGGAAUGGAGUCACGGGAAAUUCUCUGUUGGCGAAAAGGGUUGCGGGCUGGGCAUGCCAGGAACCAACGACAAGGCGGUGGAAGUGCAUGGCAUCCUGGCCUUCUCUCAGCUGCAUCAGUGCAACACAAGCCUCUGCAACAUUAAACUGGACAUGAAAGAACUGCAGCUACAACCCAUGGAUAACGUGAGUGCGCAGAUUCCCAACGGAGUGGAAUGCUACAGCUGUGAGGGAGACAACUGCACAACAGACAAUUCUACCAUUGUCAAGUGUUAUGAUAAUUUCCGGGGUUGUUUCCAUGGCAAUGUCACCAUGAAAGCAGGGAACUUUUCACUGACCAAACCCAUCAAAGGAUGUGUUCAAGAUGGCGACUGUACCAAGGUCAGGAAAGGGAGUCCUGCCAUCACCCUCUCGGGCUCCUGUUGCUCAGGGAAUCUCUGCAACACGAACCUCUCCAACAAAACACACUUCUCCACCUCCAUCCCAAGGCUGGCCUUCCUGCCUGCUCAAGAGACCAAGAACGCAACCGUCACUACCCCUUCAACAUACGUCCGGAUCAACGCAGCCACGGCGGCGGCUUCCACUUCCGGCAAGCUCGCCCGUUCUCUUGGUGUGAGCCCGUCGGUGGGUGGCCCUCAGAAGGACCACAGCCAUGACCACGGCCACGACCACGACCACGACCACAGUCACGAAGAGGAUGAGAACAACACCGUUGUUCAAAAUAGGAAGGUGGUCCCUUCCGUGAAUGUUGAAGAAAGACAUGUUGGUGGGCCGAAGGGAGGUGUGACAGGCUUGCAGGGCUCAGCCCUGGUGACUUUUCUGCUCCUUGGCUUGUGUCUGUGAAGGUGAACCAAGGAGUGAGUUGACAUUCAACCCUCUCCCCCUCUCCUUUUUUUUUCUUCACUAGAUCAAAGCCUAUCGCGUACAGCUUUGCCUCAUUUGGUACGAUCUCUCCCGCUCCAAACCGGAGGUUGGACUCUAUCGUCCUGUUAUUCUGUUUUACCUGCCUGUCCUAGGCCUCUUCUCGAGAAGCUGGCAUUUUGGACGUAAUAAUGUCCUAUUUAUGACAUUUGAGUAAUCGGAAAUAAAUUUUCCUU